AUGCCUUCUAAAGAAGCACCUUCAUCGCCUUUGCAACGACCAACAUACGGAAACCUAAUCACCAUCCUAAGCAUCGAUGGUGGUGGAGUACGAGGAAUCAUCCCAAGUGUUAUCCUUAGCUUCUUAGAAUCGGAACUUCAGAAACUAGAUGGCGAGAAUGCUCGGUUGGCGGAUUAUUUCGAUGUAAUCUCUGGAACAAGCACCGGAGGCCUUGUAACAGCCAUGUUGACAGCUCCUAAUGAAGAUAAACGUCCUAUCUUCGCAGCUAAGGACAUAACAGACUUUUAUCUUGAACAUUGUCCCAAAAUCUUCCCACAUGAGAGCAAUCCAUUUGGUCAUGCUGAAAAAGUGAUCAAAGCUCUAUCUGGACCAAAGUACGAUGGUGUUUAUCUACAUAAACUUGUUCAAGAAAUACUAGGAGAGACACGACUUCAUGAAACACUGACUAAUGUGGUGAUCCCCACGUUUGAUAUCAAACGUAUGCAGCCUACCAUCUUCUCAAGCUAUCAGCUGAAGAGAAACCCAAGUAUAGAUGCGAUGCUAUCUGAUAUAUGCAUCGGAACAUCGGCUGCACCAACUUAUCUUCCUUCCCAUGCUUUUAGAACCCAAGACUCUGAAGGGAAUCUAGUUGGAGAGUUCAAUCUUAUCGAUGGUGGGGUGGCUGCAAAUAAUCCGACUUUGGUGGCAAUAAGUGAAGUGACACAAGAGAUAACAGGAGGUAGUAUCGAUUUCUUUCCAAUUAAACCAACCGAAUAUGGUCGUUUUCUAGUAUUGUCAUUGGGAACAGGCUCUCCAAAAUAUGAAGAGAAGUAUGAUGCUAAUACAUCGUCCAAUUGGGGCGUUGUCGGGUGGCUAGCAAGUAGUGGAUCGACUCCAUUGAUAGAUGUAUUUACUCAAUCAAGUAGUGAUAUGGUCGACUAUCAUAUAUCUACUGUCUUCCAAGCCCUUCAUUCAGGAGAGAGUUACCUUCGAGUUCAGGAUGAUACUUUAAGCGGAGACAUGGCUUUAAUGGAUCUUACGACAAGAAAAAACUUGGAAGAUCUUGUGCAAGUUGGUAAAGAACUGUUGAAGAAACCUGUCUCGACGGUGAACUUAGGGACAGGAAUAUACGAACCUUUUCAUUGCACUACCAAUGAACAAGCUUUAGUAAGGUUUGCGAAAAUGCUAUCCGAUGAAAAGAUUACAAGAGAACGUAAAUUGCCGAGUAUUAAUAAUGGUCAAAAAAUGAAAAAUGGUUCACUUUCAAUGGGAAAACCAGUGCAUCUGAAUGCAGUUUCUCAAUCUUUCCCGGACUUGCAGCAACUUAAGUCCGGUUGA